ACAACUUUAUGAGCAACAACAUGGCAGCUUUUUGAGAAACUUCUCAGCGAAACGUCAACUUAAUUUCCCCCAAAAAGUUUUUUUUUAGAGCUUAGUUUGUUAGUUUUUGUGUUCAAUAUGGCAGGAGACAUAUCAGGGGUACGAAUUAUUCCUCCAGUGAUUGAGUUUAUGGAUGCAGAAGCCAACGUCGUCCACGCUCAAACUGUCACGGUGCAAAACAUCAGCAAGUGCAGCAAGCAAAUAAAGUUCCACGGACCAAAUACAAAUAAAUUCAAGUUGAUUGUGAAGAACCCAGACAGACCAGUAGCACCAGGCCUGGAGGUGACAGCUACUGUUGAAUUCUUCACUGAAGAACCUCAGGAUUGCCAGGAUGGCCUCAUCCUUCUUGUAGAUGAAGAUGUAGUUGAGAUACCCCUCUGUGUCUACAGCCCACAACCCCUUCUUGACUUGGAAGGGCCAGCCAAUUUUGGCACAGUAGUUCGUAAUAGCAAAGUACUUUCUACUCAAGUUUCUCUGUAUAACCAUGGCUCCUUGCCAGGGAACUUCAACAUUAACUACACUGGUCUUCAACCAAUCACCAUCUUCCCUACAACUGGUACCCUGAAGCCCAAGACUGCACAGGUCAUUAAGGUUGAGUUUGUAACUAAAAAUGCUGGAGUUUUGAAUGAAGAAGUGCCGGUUCAACUGGAAGCCCAGCAGCCAGCCACCCUUCAGAUUCAAGCCAACGUUGUUGAGCGUUGCCUUGAGCUAUACGCUCCUGAAUCUGAGGAUCAGAUUGACUGCAUUCAAUUUGGCUGUACAUACUAUGGCACAGAUAAGACCCAGUUUGCUAUGCUUUAUAAUAAUGGCCCUGAUCCAGUCAGCUUUGUCACAGUACUGGAGGAAGAUGCUGAAGGCAUGGAAAGUGGAACUGACUUCACCAAGUCAACAGUUGCAACGCUUGCUACCAAGGACAUGGAUAGAGUACGCACUAGCACAAAUGAACUGACCUCAAUGGUCACAGCCAUCCCUUCCCAGGGAAAGCUGGCACCCUAUCAGCGUGCUCCAGUUUUCUUCCGUUUUAGCCCCCGCUACAACUCGGCUAGACAGGGUUGGAAAGGGACAGCCACUCCUCCUCCCAGGCAAGACUUUGCUUUGUUCAUGCAAAUUGUUGUGAUUGGAAGCAGCAAGGGGUUUGGCACCGACAAAGAAGGUGGAAAGCAGAAUGGCAAUGAAGGUACUAAGGUAGAAGUUGCCCUUACUGGCACAGCCCUCCCUGUUCUGCUCAGCCUCUCUCCAACUAAACACUUUGACUUCGGUGAUUGCCCAGUUGGUGAGCAUGUUGACACCCUAUGCACCCUCCGUAAUGAUGCCACCCACCUCCCAGUUUCUUUCAUCUGCAAACAAGUGGCUCAGUUCUGUAUUUAUCCAUCAUUUGGGAAGUUGAAACCAGGCGAGUCUCAAGACCUUAUCUUCUCCUUUAAGCCUAACCAGUAUGGCUCCUUCAAGAAGAUCCAAGUGAUGGAUGUGUUAGGAUCAGUAGCCGAUGAAGGAGAUGAGGCCAAUCCAAUGGCUACACACCUGGAAGCAAUCUAUGCCUUACACAUAUCACUGCAUGGACUAAGUAAUGCUGAAUCAAAGAAGAGAGAACCUAAAUUCAACCCAGGUAUUACUCCUCGUGUUGUUGGUGAGGUUGGUCAGUUCGUUGAUGUCACUGUUGAUAAUGCUAAGACUUUUGAGCCCAGAGCAGCUAUGGUUGGAGCACCAAAGACUAAGGGACUUCAUGCAACUAAGUCUGCAGGCCAUGUUCCAGACAGUAGAGCUCUAGUAGCAUACCCUAAUGACCGAGCUCGAAGCAUCAGGCCUAGCUACAGACGAGAUCAGUACAAGACUAUCUUCACCAAGACAGAGCGCCACACCUAUGUUGAUCCAGACUAUGCAUAUGAUGAUAAUGAACUUGCUGCUAUACAGAAACACAAGAACAAGUAUCACAACUACCUGAGAGAGAGUCGACAACACAGGAUUGGAAAGACAAAAGCCAAGGAGUUUGCAGAACUGGAUAAUGACAAAAAUAUUGGUCUCAAGCCAGCGUCAGGAUUGAGGCCUCCUAAACUCAAAGUAGAUGAAGUCAAACCACCGACAAAAACACCAAGUCCAAGAGACAAAAAUCGCAGAAUGUUGAGCUCCAAGCAUUUAGCAGAGAAAGAGCUGAACUCGACAUCUCGUCCAAUUAGUCGUGGACUUAAUGCAAUCCCGAUGACGUCUCAGGAGAAGGCUGACUGUAAGAAGAUCCUGACUCCUCAACAACUACACCAGGUGGUCAUUGGUCCUCCCACCUUAGACUUUGGUCAAGUGUGUCUUAAAUCAACAAGUGUGCAGAAACUCAACAUCAUCAACAAUCUUGAUCAGUUCAUCCAUGUGGAAGUUGAUAUUGAUUGUCGGGAGUUGAGACAAACCAGUCCUUUGUCUCAGGUGGUUCCACCAAACUGCAAAGCAGCUCUUCCUCUCAUCUUCGAAUCCAACACUAAAGGACGCUUUCAGAGGAAUGUGACAUACACAGUCAAUAAAAUCAACAAGGAGCAUGUGAUAGUAUAUGCUGAUGUAGUUACAGUAGCAUUGGAGUUGUCUUCAGAGAGAUUAGAGUUGCACCCAGCCCCUGGAUUGCCAGCUGAAGCAGGUCUACGAGAUGUCAUCAGUCUGCGCAAUGAGCGUAACUACCCAGCAGAGUUCACCUGGCAACCUAUCCUUGGUGAGAGGGGCACAGCCUUCUCUAUAAGACCUGCUUCUGGUACAGUAGAUCCCCUGAAGGAUCUAGAGUGUGAAGUGGUAUUCCAUCCAUCUUACCAUGCUCCUGAGGAUGGAGAGUUUGCUCUUCAAGUACAUGGUGGGGAAACCCUGACACUCAAAUGCUUUGCUGAUCUUGGUCCAACCCAGGUGAUGUUCAUGGAAAGACGAGUGUUGUUUGGUCAGGUCCCUCUUCAUUUAACAACCUCCAGAUCUGCUGUACUUCACAAUGCAAGCCAGAACCAUGCCUACUUCCAGGUGGUGGAUCCCAAUCCAGUCCCAGGCCUCAAUGUUUCUCCAGUGCAGGGUGUUGUCCCAGUUGGUGGCACCACAGAGCUAGGGAUAUUCCUGACCCCUAGUGCUGUCAUGAAGUUUGAUACAAGACUAGAGGUAGCGAUUAGAGGCUGGAAAACUAUUGAACUUAGAAUGGGCGGCACAGUGGAACCGCCAAUGGUAGACAUUGAUGUGCCCACAUUCCAACUUGGUGGUGUCUAUUGUGCUUCAAACUUGACUGUACCAUUUAAGCUGAUCAAUAAAGCCAGAACAAGAUCAAAGGUUGUAUUUGACCUGUCACGCUACAGAGAUUUCUCACUCAAGUUUGAUGCUGAUGUCAUGGAAGAAUCUGAGGACACUAUGAACCCAGGCGUUUUCAAGGUCACUGUAGGAGGGAUGCAAACCAUUCAUUGUCAGUUACACUUCCAACCUACUGAGGUAGCAUCUUAUGACUUCACUAUGCCUGUCUCUAUCAACCAAACUGAUGCCCCUAGUCCGGAGUCUACCCCAUUCCCUCCUACUCCAGCUCCAUCCACCAAGAGCAUCAAUCACAUUAUCACCCCUCGUCCGGUAAUCGUCACCGUUGCCACACCACGCCGUCGUAUUGUUGCAACUGCUCUCCGUCAACCUCUCCAGUUAUCACAUUCCAAUCUUGACUUCUCCCUACCAUCUGGCUACUUGGAUUUUGGCAUUGUCGGCUCACCGUCUCAGACCCAGGGAUCCUUGUUAGUGAAUAACAGUGAUAAAUACCUUGGUUGGAGUUUGGACCUGAGUGCAAGUGGUAAAGCUAUGGAGGAGGGUAUCUUCCGGUUCUUGAUGCCCAAUGGGAUGCCUUUCAUGUCCUUCAAGGAGGGAGGAGCAGCUGUCAAAGAUACCUUGGCUCCUGGGGAGACAUACCCACUAGGAGUCAUGUUCUGUCCUGAGGAGCCAGGAGAAUUCCAUGCUAAAGUUCCCAUCAUCCUGAAUGAUGACACAUCAAGACCCUACCUUCAUCUCCAUCUCUUUGGUAUCCUCAAGUCACCCCAGCUAACCUUUGACCCAUUGGCUAUUGUACUGACCCCUGUUCCCUUGGCAACCAAAGUGUCAGCAGACUUCACCAUCCAGGCUGCCGGUUUCAGAAAGGUGACAUUGAUUGAUGUUGAACUACCAGAUGUUGAGCUUGAUGACGGUAGUAAGAUGUCUGUCCUUAGUGUAACAUUCCCUGAUGGGCAGAAGAUCCAGCCAUGUUGUGGAGAUGAGGGGGAUGAGGAACCAUUUAUCCUCAAGUGUAAAGUCACUUUCUGCUCUCCAAGACCUGUGUCCUUCACUCAGCCAGUCAAGUUUGUAGACACCGAGGGAAACAGUUUCUCUAUCCCAGUGACAGCCACAGCAGAUAACUGUCUCCUCACUGCCUACCCCUUCGUUGCUCAACAUCGUACUGACUUCCAGAUUGUGACUGAGCAAGGCCAAACCCUCCGAGGUCGUAAUUCAUCAGUGACAUCCAAAGAUAGUAAUGGGAACGUUGGAGAAGCAAUUAUGAUUCCAGUGGAAUCUCCAAGUAGACCGUCCACCCAGAGAAGUACAAGUACAAGCUCACGUUUUGGAGCUACAACCUCAACAUAUGAGGAGUCGUCUGAGAGUAUCACUGAAUCCACUUAUCGAAGCACUCCCCGUGAUGGAGCUGUCAACCAUGCAAUAGCUGACCGCUCUAUUAUUGAUCCUGAUAGUCGAAUGGGUCUAGCCUCUCGCUCUCUGGGCUCAGCAGCCUUCCCCAAUGAGGAUACAGAAGAAGGGGUAUUUCACCAAGAAGUCUUAAUGGGGGUACAGAGAUGGAUCACACUGCAUGGGUGGUCUGGUGGACCUUACCCUGUAUCUGUGCCUGAAGGACUAAGAAGUGGAGUUGCCAAGAAUUCUGCACCUGAGAAGGCUUCCCAUGGGAGCCCAUCCACCAAUAACUCCAAGCGCACUCAAAGUAAAACUAUUUAUGAUCUAAUGGCACACAUGAGUGGACGUCUGGUACCUGGAAUCCCCAUCAAUCAAGCUUUGCCAGCGGAUCCUACAGAGAGAGUGCUUCAACUUCACUGGCAGCACUCUACACUGCUCACAUUUUUAAGGAGCCAAGGUGCCUCUGUGGCCAACAUCAAGCCAGAGUAUCUGUUUGAACCUCAGGAUUACCAGCGUUGGGUUAAACUGCAAGAGCAGAUUCGUGAGAGAAAGAAAGCUCAGCAGCAGGGUAAGAGCAUCGUAGCAAUCCGCAUCCAGGAGGCUCCUCUAGAUGAAAUCCUAUUUGAGUCUGUUUCUAAGAGAGCUUGGACCGAUCUACUGCUCCAGACGUUGAAGGCAUUGGUGUUGGCCCGCGUGACACCUCGUCAGUUCAAGACACUAUCAUCCUCUGGUAGUUCAACCAGCCUACCCAGCAUCAAUCCAGAUCCUUUGUGUAGUAACAUCUACAGUGUAGGGGAACGUAUCCUGGUGGCUUGGCUUAACCAUCACUAUGAACAGCAAAGACAUAAGAUAUGGAAGGACUGUGACAAAGAAUCCUCAUUUUAUUUUGAAGCUCCAAGAGGUGGUAUUCCUCCAUCUCGAUGGGUGGUCAAUUUUGACUAUGAUCUCUUGGAUGGGUUGGUGCUGGCAGCUGUCUUGGCUGCGCACGUGCCUUUUCUGAUUAAGACCCAUCUACAGAGUAUGUACACCCAGCCAGCUACAGCUGAACAGUGUCUUCAUAAUGCUCUCAAGGUGGUGAAUGCAUUUAGAUACAUCGGACUAGACUAUGAUAUCCAGGCUAUAGACAUCACUGAUCCUAAUCCUAUCUCUCUACUGCUACUAUGCGUUCAUCUGUACCAGCGAUUGCCUCAGUAUACACCAAGAACAACUGUGGAGUUUAUUGGAUCCUUGCAUGCAUGUGUUGCACGACAGGUUCGUCUGACCAAUCCGAGUAGCAAGCCCCUGACAUAUCAUGCAAUGAUCGCUGGCCGAGACGCUCGUGACUUCACUCUCCCUAGAGGCAACACUGUCGCCAUUGCACCAAAAGGCAAGCAUGAUCUGGCUGUAGAGUUCACUAGUAGGUUCCUACGUCCUGCAGAGGGAGUGCUGGUACUUGUUGGAAGGAGGGCUGGUUCUGCUUGUGGAACUACCUUGGUAUUCAAUCUGAGGACUUCAAUUGAUAAUAUCACACCAUCUACAACAGUCAAGUGUGAAUCACCUUGUUAUGAACUGCACAAGGUGGAACUGGACGUUACUAAUCCAUUUGAUGAAGGAGGGGAGUUCCGUAUCGUCUUGGUUGAACCCAAGACAUCCUUCCCUGGCACUGAUGCUAAAACCCAGAAGACUGGAUUGUUGAACUCUAAACAAGGAGCUCCUAAGAAAGUACGAUCCAAGACGGAUCAUGGUCAGAAGAAGGAGAGGACCCCUACACCACCAAAGCAGGAUGACAUGAGCCCACGGACAGAAAUGUUGGAACAGGACAACGGUAAUCAGUUGAGUGCUUUCUACUGUGCCCGUCAAUCCCUCCAGUUAGACAGUCACAGCUCAGCAGUCAUUGCUAUUGACUUCCUUCCCUUCCAUACUGGCAAGAGACAAUGCUCUAUCCUGUUUGUCAGUGAGUCUAUUGGAGAGUUUUUGUAUUCCAUUGAGGCUGUAGCUGGACUACCAAUGCCAUCUCCAUUACCUUACAUGCCUUCUAAACACAGCGUCAGAAUCAGUAGUGCUGCAGCUGCAGGCAAUGGUCGUGGUGUGUAUGGGGGUGAUGACCGCAUCAUCUACUGGCGUUGUGACAGUAACUCUGUUCUUCAUGAAGAGCUUGUUAUACCUAUCACUAAUGCUGCUAGGGAGAAGGCUUUGGUCAUCGCUGCUCAGCAGAGGAUGUCACAAACAGAGAUAAGACGUAGACAUGUGACAGGGACACUUGCUAGUGGCUCAGUCACAGCAGCCAUUGCUGCUUUAGGAUUGACCGAUGAGUCGGUUCUUUCAGGUAAAACAAGUGCCAAUCCCAACAGCAAAACUGACAAGCCAGAGGGGACCAAUUUCAGUGUUGAGGUCAACUCCAAGUAUUUUGAGACGACCCCAGCAAUGUUUGUACCUUCACCUUUGACCUUGAAACCCAAAUCAGCGGCUGAAAUUGUGAUGAAUGGUCACACUGUGGACACCUCACCUGCAGGUCUUGUUGGUAACAGGGGAGUGAUUCUGGAUGAUGGGACAGUCAGCCUUCCAGUCAGGUUCAGUCCUAAGAGUGCUGGUCACUACCCCUGUCGUGUUGUUCUUCGUUCAGCUAAUGAUAUCCGUGUGUACCUGAUAGAGUGCACAGUUAAUCCAGAAGGAACUGCAGCACAGAUUGAGUUCAUGGCACCUGUACAUCAGUCAGUUUCACAAGAAAUACCAAUAGUGAACCAGACUAGUGUGGAUUGGCCACUGACAGCAUCCAUUGAGGGUCAAGGCUUCUAUGGACCUCCCUUCAUCCUUGCUAAGGCAAUGCAGACCACACAGUUUCCUCUCAUGUUCAGACCAGCCUUUGAGUCACUUGUCUCUGGAAAAUUGGUGUUGAUGAAUGGUGAGGAUGGAACGGAACAUCAUUUCAGACUGAAGGGAGAGGGACAAAAACCUCUUGCAUUAGACAAUGUGGUUCUGGAAUGUGAGGCUCGCAAAUCAAUGAAACGUGUAAUCCGUGUUCCCAAUGUAACAGCUCAGAAGCUGACGUACCGUGCUGUUUCAGACCUCUCUAUAGUAAGUGGUACAGUCCCAAGUGUGACUGUUCUACCAGGCAAGGAAGCUGAUUACAUCAUGACAGUAUCACCAUGGAAGCGUGGCACAUUCAGGGGCAUCUUGUCUUUCAUAGCUGGCGGUACUGAUAAUCUCAAGGAUGAACCAGCCAAUGAUAGUGGCAGCACUUCGCGUCCAGAGUCCGGUACACGUCCAACUAGUGGCAAGUCUACAACGAGUACAGCAUCAGUCCAAGUCCAUCAAACCAAGCCGGGUUACCGUGUGUGGUAUUCAAUAGAGGUACGCUGCAGCCCCCCACCACCUGAGAGAGACAUUGAUGUCAUCUGUGCUGCUCAGUCAGCUGUUGUAAUGGAGGUAGAGAUCUUCAAUCCAACCAUGAAUGAUCUGAUAUUUACAACAGUGAUUGAAGGGGAUGGAUUGAGAGGAGAUGAAUCAGUCAUGUUAACUCCUGCUCAGAAGAAAAUGUAUCAGUUAGUCUACGCACCAGCAAUUGUUGGAAAAUCACAAGGAAGUUUGAUAUUCCAAAAUGAGACUGUUGGUGAGUUCUGGUACACCCUAAGCCUGACAGCAGAGCCACCUUCCCCUGCAGUCCUUCCUCAUAUGGACUGUGAGUUGGGUAAAUGGAGUCGUCAGUUUAUCACCUUGAGUAAUCCUACUGAGGAGACACUAGAGCUUACCCCUAGCUGCUCCAACACUAAUAACUUUACUCUUGAGGUUGAAGGAGAAACCAAGAUCAUUCUUGCACCACACUCCACCCAAGAGGUACCUCUUCAGUUCAUGCCAUCCUCCCUAGGCCAGAGCAACCACCUAGCUAAGAUCUCCUUCUCAUGUGAGCAACUUGGUGAUUGGGUCUUUAUGGCAUCAGGCACCGGCUUGACCCCUACUCCCCUUGACCCUGUUAGUGUGAGUGCAACGCUUGGAUCUAAUACAUCACUCAUCAUACCAUUCAGGAAUCCAUUGAAUGAGGCAGUGGUGGUUGAUGUUAUACUCUCUGAUAACACAGAUCUCCUAGACAGAGCCCACAAUAGACUUGAGCGUUAUAAUAUCCAGAGUGAGUCGGCAUUCUGUCUACUUCUCAAACACACCAUGGGGAUUCUUGUAGCUCCUAAAUCCACCCUGGACAUCCCUCUGACCUUUGCUCCUGACAACAUGAACCUCCAUGAGGCGCUGUGUGUGGUAUCAGUAAAGAGAGAAGAUGGGACGAGCUGGGAGUAUGAGCCAUCUAAGGAUCCUGAUCAUCCGUACGCAAGAAGGGAUUAUGACCGUCGUGAUCCACAAGGAGGGCUUCGAGAUAUUCGCUGGCUUUAUCCCAUUCAUGGUAUUCCAGAAUCACAACCUGUUAUUGACAGAGGAGCAGUUAUCAGUUGCCAGGCACGUAGCCGCAUUGAAGAACGCUUGGAAGUCUCAUUAACUGGUGCUGUACCUAGCUCUGCCAGUAGCUACCAUCGUACAGUGAAAACCAGAGCUCUGACACCUAAAGGACUUGAGAGGGCUAAUACAACAGAUGGUGUGGUGGUUGGAGAAGGAAAUACAGUGGCAAGUGAGUUUUCCUAUGAAUUGAUCUAUGGCAAUGAAGAAGCCCAGGCUCAUUUGGAGCAUGCUGUGUCUCUUAGUCUUGUACGUAAACAAAGAGAUAGACUCUCUGGUAUUGUCACGCUCCUCUUCAAUGUCAUCUAUGCACCGUUCAAAAUCAUGAACCAUGAUGUGCAACUGUGUGUUACUGCAGCCACUGGAGGAGUUUGGCGUUAUCCAGUCCGCUUUACAUCAACUGAGCCAACAGUGGAUGAUGUUAUUACCAUAGAGUCAAUUGGACUGAACAAGGAAGCAUCGGUUGGUUUUAGACUAACAAGUCAAGCAAGACAUCCUGUGGCCUUCACUGCAUACUUUGUGGCUGGAAGUGACCAAGAAUUCUCCGUCAGCCCACAGACUGGGGAACUUAAAGCUAUUGGCACCAAUGGAACCUUAAUAACAGUUGGAUUUCGACCAAGAAUCUACGGGAAAAAUUAUCAAGGGAAACUGGUGGUGCAGACAGCAGACAUGCAGUGGACAUAUUCCUUGAUUGGAGUAACUCCAGAAUACACUCCUCCAGAGGGUCAAUCUCAAAGACCAAUUGCUGGACCGCAUUCAAGUACCAAUCGGCACAGUAAGACACGCAACUAUGUCUUGGACAACCUGAAACUUACAACCACUGCAGUUUCUUCACCCAUCAAAGGAGCACCAAUUCACAUGAAGUGAAGCUUAUACAUUGUCUAACAGUUAGCUUAACAGUUAGGGUCAAUACUAUUUAACAAAAUAAAAUGAAAAGGUGUACUUUUCAUAUAUUAAUACAUGUACUUGUAUCUGUAGAAAGUAAAGUCUUUUUGCAAUGGUUGUUUUCAUGUACAUGUACAGUCGUGAUGUUUGGCCAUUGGGGGAAAACAGAAGCAUUUUAUCUACCACAAGGGCUGACCUUGACAAUGUACAUUAUUAUAUGGUCUAGGCUUCAAUAGGCUUCUUACAGCAUUUGUUAAAGAUGCUAUGUCAGAGUUUUGGCCGAUUUGACCCAAAUAUUUUGAUGGGGGGUCGAGAAAGUCACCAGC